UCCGUCUGUCUCUACAGCAGUACUAUCUCCAUUUUCUGAGCCCAAAUUCUUAGUUCCGAAUCGAUUCUGAGCCUUUCGUGUCCUACUUUCCGAGAUUUCUAUGAAUUUUUAGGAUAAAUUCACACGAUGGCUACCCACUCUUCCUCAGCCCCAGCAAAGCCAAGCAUGCAUUGGACGCCAGAACUUCAUGAAGCCUUUGUGGAGGCUGUCAAUCAACUUGGAGGUAAUGAAAGAGCUACUCCAAAGGGUGUGCUGAAGCUCAUUAAAGUUGAAGGGUUAACAAUCUAUGAUGUGAAAAGCCAUUUGCAGAAAUAUAGGACAGCUAGAUACAGACCAGAGUCAGCAAAAGGAUCCUCUGAGAAAAAACUGGCUCCAAUAGAAGAAAUUUUAUCUCCUGACUUGAAAACGCAAGUCAACUGUUUGUGA